UCGACAGAGCACAGUCGAAUUUCGAAAAUUGAAGGGAAAAGUUAAAGGGAAGCACAAGGAGAAUCACAAUAGCAAAAAAAAGAAAAUUUCCUUUGUCUAGACAGAAUUGUGAAUUUAAAAAAAAACAAAAAUGUCGAUUGUACCACUGCUGCACUUGGCCCGGGAGUUGGAUCACGAUUACCGCAGCGACUGGGAACAUUUGCUGGAGGAUGACUUUGGAUUUGGGGUCCAUGCCCACGAUCUCUUCCAUCCCCGUCGUCUGCUGUUGCCGCAUGGAGGAUCCCUAGGUCGUCGUCGCUUUUUGCCUUAUGAGAGGAGCCAUCAUGGGGGCCAUGGCCAUCAUCAUCCGUUGAUGCCACGUCGUCCAUCGGGAGGUAAAAACUCUCUACUGCCCGCAGUGGGCAAAGAUGGUUUCCAGGUCUGCAUGGAUGUGUCUCAGUUUAAGCCCAACGAACUGACGGUCAAGGUGGUAGACAAAACCGUGGUGGUGGAGGGCAAGCACGAGGAGCGUGAGGAUGGACAUGGAAUGAUCCAGCGGCACUUUGUGCGCAAGUAUACCCUGCCCAAGGACUUUGACCCGAACGAUGUGGUGUCCACAGUCUCCUCCGACGGGGUGCUGACCCUGAAAGCUCCACCUCCGCCCAGCAAGGAGCAGGCGAAGUCAGAGCGCAUUGUCCAGAUCCAGCAAACAGGUCCUGCCCACCUGAGCGUCAAGGCUCCCGAAAAUUCCGAUGGAAAAACCGAAAAUGGCGGCGGCGAGAAAAUGGAGACUGGCAAGUAACGGGGGGAGCUGAAACCAAGAUUCGCUGGCGAAGAAUGAGAAGAAGAAUUUAAAGGAGAAACGGGAGUGUUGCAGCGCUGCUCGGAGAGUGCAAGACUAAAAGGACACACCACAAACACACAUUCAUUGUAUUACUCUCUCACAAACACACACACAUCACAUCUUAGAACUAAGCGAUUUUAAACUCCAUUUAUCAUAAAAAAAAAACAUUUUAGUCUGUAUGAAUAGGCUAAAAACUGGAGAAUUCAAUGCUCCCUUUGAGUUAAGACUUUUUGUAACAAGAACAGCCGCAACACUCGAAAGAAUUUUGAAUUUAAUUUGGGAAUAAAAGAAAUAAAAUAUACGAAAAAGAA